AUGAAUAUUAAGUGUUUUGAGUUCUUCUCCCAGGCAACUCAGAAGGUCUUUUCAACAUGGACUGCACUAAGGCUUUCAGUAGAAAAUGGGUGGGCUGGAAGAUUUGGAUUUAAAAAACAAGGAGAACUAGUCAAUGAAGUACUUCUUAUGUUUAAAUCAGGUAGAAAUGUGGACCCAACUCAAUUAGCUAAUUAUUUAGUAGAUGCUUUGGAGCAACAUUUUUCAACAGUAAUAGAUGAUGAAAGUAAUGUAGAAGUUGCCAAUUUACUGUGCGAGUUAUAUAGACAGUGUUCUAUAGAUGAUUAUACUUUAUAUGAAAAGAUUAUGAAUAUACAGGGGGCCUCUAUUGAGUCAUGUAAGAUGCAAUCAUAUAUUUUAGCUGAAGAUGGAUCUAAAUUAAGUGAUAUAGAUACAGAUGAGCAAGUUGAAAGUGAAGAAUUUGAUUAUUGA